CUGGGAUUUACCGCGAAAAUACUGUCUUGUCUGUAAACGGAGAUCAAAAUUUAUUUGUUUUUCCUAUUUUUAUAGUGAUUUUUGCGUAAGUUUUAAGUCAAAAUGAAUAGGUGUAAUCCAGAACCCCAUUUUAAAAUCGUUGAGACGAUAGAAGCUGGAAGGUCGGUCUUAACUGUUGUUCCACACAAGUGGAUAAAAAACAAAAUUUUAUUUUGGCCACCAAAAAACGUGAAAAAUCUGAUAAAGGAUGUCAAUUCUACUCCAGACAUUACGUGGAAUAAAAUAAUAUGUCGCAUCAAAAGAAAUUAUUAUAAAAAUCGCAUUGCAGCUGAAACUGAACUUUUAGAAAUGUCGGGAGGUUCGGCAACGUCUUCAACUGAUUCCGAGGUUUUAGGAGAAAUGAAAGAAAAAAAUAAAGUAAGAAACACAAAAAAGGUCACUAGUCAACAAAAUUUUGAAACUCUGUUUGCAUCAUCAUCGUCAAAAUUUUGUUCGUUUCAACCAAUCAUACCGGAAGAAACUCCUGAGCCUGUUGUUGAAAGCGAAAAUAUAAUUUUGGAAACCAAUUUUUCGGAUGAGGCAAUUAUUUCUCCUGAAGCAAUUGCAAAUGCGCAGUUUUUAAAUGUCAUCGAACAGGUAAGUUUUUAUUGGAAACAUUUAAAAUUAUUACUUUAAUUACUUUUUUUUUGCACCCUUAAUUAUAAGCCUUUGAUUGGAGAAGAAAGUAAAAACGACAUUAUUAACAAGUUGAAUGACAUUGAGCAAAAAUUUAAUCAGUUUAAAAAUGAUAUAACAGAGAGCGUAAAAGAUAUGUUGGUGAAGGCAGUUGCGGCAAUUAAAUCAGAUUUUGAUGCCAAAUUAUUGUCAGCAAUGCAGAAUUUUAAAAACAAUCAUCAGGAUGA